AUCUUUAAUACAAAUGUGUUGUCCUGGAAAUGAAUAUGUAAAUUGGCAUUCUUGUUUUUCCAGAAAACCCUAUAGUCACUCACUGACACAUCUUCCCAACUCUUCUACAAAGCAACUUUUGAAAACAAGCAUCCUUCUUAAGAAUCUUCGACUCAGAGACUGGGGAGUGCUCAACUGGAGCGGGACAUACACAUCUGACCUGGGUGAGCUGGACAGUGGAUAGCAUCAAGGCGGUUAUUCACAUACAAACCACCACAAGGGGAUGGUGGCUAUGAAACCCAACCCUUAGCUGAGGCUCUGUUGGCAUUUGGUAGCUGAUGAGAGAGGACAGACACCAGCUGACCCACCGGCUUUCCGACCAUGGCCAACCUCGAGCCUUCAUUGCCAGGAAGCCAGAUGGUGUGCAGCAUGGCUUGGUGGGCGAGAUCAUCAAGGGAUUCGAGCAGAAGGGGUUCCUUCGGGUUUCUGAAGAACACCUGAAGCACCGUUACAUUGACCUGAAAGACCGUCCUUUCUUCCCGGGACUAGAGAAGUGUACGAGUAAACGUGGAGGAGAAUCCAGAGUCCUUUUCAGCACUACUAAUGGACAGAGUUCUUCCUCCAAUGACUGGAUGGAUCAUCUUUUCUAAAACAGUAAAGACUUUGGAACUGGGGGAAAAAUAUAAAUGGA